CUUCCUGAAAGAAAUUUGGACAUAUACGCUAAAUUUUGAAAUCGAUUACGUAUGUAAUAAUAGCACUGGUAUGGUAUCUCAACACAAAUUGAAGAGAAAUGCAUGCCAGCCUCACUUCUAUAAAUAGGAAGAUUAUCUUCCCUCAUUUUAUCGCUAGAACUGGACUGGGCUAGUAGCAGCAGCAGAAGCAGCAGGAGUAGUUGAAGCCAUGGCUUUGGGUGCUGAAAAUCAAGCAUGCUCAAAUCUUAAGGGCAGGCAAUCUCCAAACUCAUCAUUUUGUACUCGCAUCGGUGUCCAUGAACUCUAUUCGCUUGAGUUCGCCUUUACUUCUUUGCAGAUGUGGAGGGCAGCAGUUACUGAACUAGUAGCAUCCGCUACGUUUUUGUUUACGCUCUCCACAACUAUUAUUGCAUGCUUGGAAUCACACGAGACUAGUCCUAAACUUGUAAUACCAGUCGUUGUCUUCCUUAUUGCUUUCUUUUGGCUUUUGACGACUGUUCCUUUAUCCGGAGGGUUCUUCAGCCCGACUUUCGCAUUCAUGGCAGCCCUAAGCGGUGUAAUAUCUUUCGUUCGUGCUCUCUUCUAUUGCUUAGGACAAUGUUUUGGUGCAAUCAUAGGUUAUAUGAUAUUGAAGAGUGUAAUGGAUCCCACUAUAGCACAUAAGUAUGCCUUAGGUGGCUGCAUGGUCAAUGGAGGCGGGGAAGGAGUUAGCGCCGGAACAGCGUUGAUGGUAGAGUUUUCCUGCACAUUUUUGGUGCUAUAUGUUGCUAUGACCAUCAUUUUGGAUAAGAAGAAGUGCCAAGAACUGGGACUGACUAUGGUUUGUGUAAUAAUAUCGGGUGCCUAUGCUGUAUCAGUUUUUGUUUCGACUACGGUUACUGGGCGAAUUGGAUACGGUGGCGUGGGGCUGAACCCUGCGAGGUGCUUGGCUCCAGCACUUUUGCUGGGUGGCUCUUUAUGGGAUGGACACUGGGUGUUCUGGGUUGGGCCUAUUUGUUCUUGCUCCGUUUAUUAUGUGUUUAGUCUACUGUUACCAAAACAGGGCUUUGUAAGAGCAGAUGAACAGCAGCAUCUUAUUCAACUGGUUCGUUCUUCUUGUUUAGGAUCCGAGUCUCCUGAUUACUUCGAGGGGAAAGUUUAAGGAAAUUCUUUAUGGUAUCAGGCUUCAAUAAAAUCUUCUCUUUCUUUUUUUC